UGCGCCGCUCUUGCGCUGGAUUCAGCUGGAGAAAGGAUAAAGUGUCAGAACACAGAGAAAAACUCCUGCUGAAGCGACUGAUCUCCACACUGUUAUAAAGAUGGCGUUUAUUAAAGAGGAGAGUGAAGAUGUGAAGAUUGAAGAAACAUUCACAGUCAAACAGGAAGAUCUGCAGGAACAAACAGACCUAAUUGAAGAGAAGGAGGGGAGUAAAGAGGAGGAACAUCAUGUUAAAAUUGAGGAAAAAACUCAUUUACAGACUGAUGGUAUAUUGAAAAGGAGAGACAAAAAUAGUUUCACCUGCACUCAGUGUGGAAAGAUUUUGGCAAGCAAAAGCAAACUUAAGAUUCACAUGAGCAUCCACACAGGAGAGAAACCAUUUACAUGCACUCAGUGUGGGAAGAGUUUCAGCCUAUCAUCAUCCCUUAAUCUACACAUGAGGAUCCACACUGGAGAGAAACCAUACACAUGCACUCAGUGUGGGAAGAGUUUUAGCCACUUAUCACCUCUUAAUAAACACAUGAGGAUCCAUACUGGAGAGAAACCAUUCACAUGCACUCAGUGUGGGAAGAGUUUUAGCUUAUCAACAUCCCUUAAUCUACACAUGAGGAUCCACACAGGAGAGAAACCAUUCACAUGCACUCGGUGUGGGAAGAGUUUCAACUGCUCAUCAAACCUUAGUAAACACAUGAUGAUCCACACUGGAAAGAAACCAUUCACGUGCACUCAGUGUGAGAAGAGUUUUAGGAUAUCAUCAUCCCUUAAUCUACACAUGAGGAUUCACACUGGAGAGAAACCAUUCACAUGCACUCAGUGUGGGAACAGUUUCAGCCAAUCAUCAUCUCUUAAUAAGCACAUGAGGAUCCACACUGGAGAGAAACCAUUCACAUGCACUCAGUGUGUGAAGAGUUUCAGCCGAUCAGAACACCUUAAUCUACACAUGAGGAUCCAUACUGGAGAGAAACCAUUCACAUGCACUGAGUGUGAGAAGAGUUUUACCUGCUCAUCACACCUUAAUCGACACAUGAGGAAACACACUGGAGAGAAACCAUACGCAUGCACUCAGUGUGGGAAGAUUUUCAGCCAAUCAUCACGCCUUAAUCUACACAUGGUAAGCCACAACGGAGAGAAACCAUGACCUACGAAACUCUGACGGACUCUGACCUGCGAAAUUGCAUCACUUGACUGUGUGAGACCAAUUGAAGAUCAAAACAUGACCUCUCUGGACCGAAAUGUUAAAAAAUGUACCAAUCGCACACUGUUUUUAUCAUCUUGUUUGUUCCCGCUCCUUUUCGCAACGCCGUACAACAGAAUUUUGCAUGCUCUAACUCUAGUGUGACCGCAGCUUCGGUGUGGGAUGAGUUUCAGUAACUCCUCAGACCUUAAUAAACACAUAAAGACCCACACUGGGGAGAAACCAUUCACAUGAACUCAGUGAAAGAAGAGUUUUAACCGAUCAGCAAACCUUAAUGAACACAUGAAGAUCCACACUGGUGUGAAAGAGUAUAUGUGCGUUGAGUGUUAGAAGACUUUUAUUACAAAAUUGAAACUGCACCAGACGUUUUACACUUGAGAGACUAUACAAGUGUUCACACUGUGACGAAAGGUUUAAUCAGUGAACACAUCUGAAUCACACAAAAGAGGAUUCACGGCUGUAUCAAUGUUCCCAAACAUUAUUAAUUUUAUAAUAAUAUAUAUUGCACAUAUUAUGUUUAACAUAAAUAUACUUGCAGAAGCUGGAUUGAAACGUACCUUUUCUCCACAGCACAUACAAUAAUAUGACUUUUAAGAAUAUUUUAUUUAUGAAAAUUCAUUAUAUUUACAUAAUAUAUUGCACAGAUUCCACCCUAACUGUCCACAUCGGAAAAAUUUGACAAUGUAAAGACAGACAGAACUGCAAACUGAUGUGCAAAGCUGACACUGUUUAUCAGAGCACUUUAUCUUUCUGGGCUUUUUAACGAAGAGUUAAACAUGGGAAUCUUCUUCUGCCCCAAAAGUAAUAUCAUUCUUUCUUUUAAACUGUAAUGGCCAUCAGCAACAGAAUGACUUCUUAUUCUUAUUUAACAGACAAUGAAAACAGCAAAAAUGUUUAGCAUUUUACAUGAAACCAUUUCCUUUUAGAGUGUUCAAGUAAAAAAAUGAAAUAAAGAAUAAUAAAUCCACUAUUUCACUCC